GAGAGUGGAAGCAGCGGCUGCAGGCUGGGAAAUCCCUGUGUGUCAAAGAAGCUGGGACUGCGGACUUUGCCCUUGGCAGCUGCGGUGGCAGCUGCUGGCAAGACCCGAAGAAGGAGUUGGGCUCCGUUGGGAGAAGGAUGCAGCUCCAGCCUCCUUCGGCUCCCUGCGUCCCCCCCCCCCGCCAAGUGAUCUAGAGCUCUAGAUCGCGAUCUCGCCCCCUCUCCUCCGGUCCCCGCCCCCUACUACACCAGUCUCAUUCCUCACCAUCGAUUCUCGCUUUGCCUUCCUCCAGAGAGCUCAGUCUUUGGGAUGAUGUCUUGAAGGGAAAUUAGCGGGGCAGAAGAGGGGCGCGGGUUCAAGACCUUCCUCCCUACUGAUCGGAAGAGGCAAGCAUGCUAGUGCGGCCCCCCAGGAUUAACUGCUAAACUUUUAUUGUAGCUUUCCCUCUGCCCCCCGCCUCUUCUGCUCUUGGAAGUGAAGAGACUGCAGCUGCUCACAGGGAGAAGAGCUCUUGCUGAAGAGGAAGAGGAAGAGGAAGAAGAGGAGGAGGAGAAGGAGAGUGGAGAAGAUCUCAUCUCUUGCUUUGGGGCAUACAUUUCAAGGGGGGCGACGUUCUCCUCCUCAUUCAAACCUUCCAGGCUUCGCUUCCCCUCCAACUCUUUCCUCUGAACAUCUCCAAGUUUCCCAUUCCAGAAGGUGGACAGCUUCAGCCCCUUCAUUCUCCGCCUUCCUCCUCUUCUCCCCCUCCUCCCCACCCCUCUCCUCUCGCCUCUCCGCACCCGAAGACCGGAGCCGGUGGGGAUGCUCUUCCGCGCUUUGGCUCCGCUUUGACACUAUGCCACAGGCAGCGGGGCGAGAGCUUUGCAAACAUGGAUUUGGCCGAUUUUAAAGGAUUUCGCCUCUAAUAAGGAUUGUGUGGCACACAAAUAUGACUAAAUCCCCUAUCGGGUAAAGCUUGCUUUCUCUUUCUCCCCUCCCCUCCCCUCCUGCCCCCAACUCCUCCCCAACUCCCGUGUUUGGAUCCCCCCCUCCCGCCCGCCCCACUCCACCGCCCUGCCAGAGAAGCAAGCCCAGGGAACUGAUGACGGACCCAUUAAUCCUGCCUUCGAUGCAUCAACAGAACCCCAAGGGCUGCGAACGGUUGGCCGCGGGUUUCUCCAGGAAAUACUUGGGGCUGCUUUUGGUGCUGUAUGAAACUGGCGAUUAGGGGGGAGCCUGGCGAGGAGGAGACAAGCCCUCCUCCCCCUCCUCCUCCUCCUCCCUUUCUGGAGCCGAGCGGCUCCUGUUGGCGGUGGACUGCGAUCUCUUGGAGGGGAGCUGGUGCGUCGAGGGCUCGCUCGCUUGCUCUUGUUUCCUUGCCCUUCUCGGCCAGUUAUGCAGACUCCCGGUGCCUGCCGCUGCGGCUGUGCUAGGAUCUGAUGCUGGUCGCUCCGGAGCCCGCCGCUGAAGAUGGGGGGCUGAUCCUCGCCAGACGACGCCGGUGAGAGGCAAGAGGAAGAGCUGGGGAGAGGGGCGCCGAUCCACUUGGCUUCGGUGUGCAGCACGCGUGGGCUUUUCGGGCUGCCCUGCUCUCCGUCCUCUUCCCGCCGCUGGAAGCCCUCCCGUCUCUAAAUGGAAUUAGUGGAGAUCGAAGCCCCUUGUGUAAGGAACAGACAUGAUCCAUGGGCGCAGCUUGUUUCACAUUGUAGCAAGUUUUAUCAUCCUACAUUGGGCUGGGGCAACAAAAAAAGGAGCAGAAAAGCAAACCACCUCAGAAGGACAAAAGACUGUGCAGUGUGGAACGUGGACAAAGUACCCAGAAGGGGGCAUCUUCACUUCUCCCAAUUACCCCAACAAGUAUCCUCCUGACAGAGAGUGUGUCUACAUUAUAGAAGCUGCCCCAAGACAAUGCAUUGAAUUACACUUUGAUGAAAAAUAUUCCAUAGAGCCUUCGUGGGAGUGUAAAUUUGAUCAUAUUGAAGUGCGGGAUGGACCUUUUGGCUUUUCCCCAAUCAUUGGUCGUUUCUGUGGACAACAAAACCCACCUAAAAUAAAAUCCAGUGGCAGAUUCUUGUGGAUUAAAUUUUUUGCUGAUGGUGAACUUGAAUCUCUGGGAUUUUCUGCUCGAUACAAUUUCACACCUGAUCCAGACUUCAAGGACCUUGGUGUUUUGAAACCAUUGCCAGUUUGUGAGUUUGAGAUGGGAGGCUCAGAAGGAAUUGUGGAAUCUGUGCAAAUUGGGAAAGAAGGAAAAGCUUCUGACACUGAGGCAGUUGAUUGCAAAUGGUACAUCCGAGCACCACCACGAUCCAAGAUAUAUUUACGGUUCUUGGACUAUGAAAUGCAGAAUUCUAAUGAAUGCAAAAGGAAUUUUGUGGCUGUCUAUGAUGGAAGUAGCUCAGUGGAGGAUUUAAAAGCUAAAUUUUGCAGCACUGUUGCUAACGAUGUGAUGCUGCGCACAGGUCUUGGGGUGAUCCGCAUGUGGGCAGAUGAAGGCAGUCGAAGCAGUCGAUUCCAGAUGCUCUUCACAUCUUUCCAAGAACCCCCCUGUGAAGCCAACACAUUCUUUUGCCAUAGUAAUAUGUGUAUUAAUAAUACAUUGGUCUGCAAUGGACUCCAGAACUGUGUAUAUCCAUGGGAUGAAAACCACUGCAAAGAAAAGAGAAAAGCCAACAUACUGGACCAGCUUACUAACACCGGUGGAACAAUAAUUGGGGUAACCUCUUGUAUUGUGGUCCUCCUUAUCAUUAUCUCUGUUAUAGUACAGAUCAAACAGCCUCGUAAAAAAUUUGUCCAGAGGAAAGCAGACUUUGAUCAAACAGUAUUCCAGGAGGUGUUUGAGCCUCCACACUAUGAGUUAUGCACUCUUAGAGGGUCAGGGGCGACAGCGGACCUUGCAGAUGUUGCAGAUGACUUUGAAAACUAUCAUAAACUGCGGAGAUCAUCUUCAAAAUGUAUUCAUGACCACCACUGUGGAUCACAGUUAUCUAGCACUAAGGGCAGCCGUAGUAACCUCAGCACAAGAGAUACGCCUAUCUUGACAGAAAUUCAACCCCAGCCUGUAAAGCCCCUCAUCCAGCCCAUGAACAGGAGAAAUAUCCUUGUCAUGAAGCAUAGCUACUCACAGGAUGCUGCAGAUGCGUGCGAGAUAGAUGAAAUCGAAGAGGUACCGACCACGAGUCACAGGCUGUCCAGACAUGAUAAAGCUGUCCAGCGGUUCUGCCUCAUUGGGUCUCUAAGCAAACAUGAAUCUGAGUACAACACAACUAGGGUGUAAAAGACACAUGGAAGACUGCUUGAGAAUAGUGCGCUCCUGGGUGAUUUUGAAUAUACUACAGUGAAUUGUGAAAAUGUCGGCUCUGAAAUCCGCAAGCUAGAGAUGUUCUGGACUCUGACCAGCUAUUCAAAUUUCAUGAGAAAAAAAAUCAACCGUCAGUAAUUAGUCAAAUUAAAGGAUGGCAAUAAGACUCUUGUUAUUAUCAUUGCUAUCAUUUAUUAUUACCAUCAGGUUUCUUUUUUCUUUAUAUUUAUUUUUUUGUUCUGUUUUGUUACAAAGGAAAGAUUACCCAGUUUCAGGAAUAAAUGAUUAAUUCAGGAAUUUAUCCAUUUAUAAUCACUUCAGUAGAAAUAUUUGUUGGAUAUAAAUCAAACAAUAUGACUGAAUUUGACACCGAGAAACAGAACUGCAUGUACGUUGCUGAAUAUUUGAGUUGGCAAAAAACAAAAAAAAAUUCCUUUGAUGAGAUACAUUGUAAAAAGCAUGCAUUCAUAAUUCCUGCUGUUCUUAUCCAUUUCUUUGUGUCAUAUGCUUGCUAAUUGUAACUUUUUAUAUAAAGAUACAUAAAACAAUGUAUAAUAAUUUCUUACA